AUGACUUCACCCCCAGAGAGGGACAUUGACCAUGUCGUGGGGAGUGAGCUUGAUUUACUAGUCCACAAAAAGCGCUCCACCUCAGAGGCGACGGAGUACCCACGGAGACGGGCAACAAUUGCUUGUCAAAUAUGUCGAUUGCGCAAAACGCGAUGUAACGGAGCACGCCCGAAAUGUCAACUCUGCACCGAUCUUGAUGCCGAGUGCGUGUAUCGAGAACCCGGUAUCAAAUUGGAUGCGGGCGAUAAACUGAUUCUGGAACACCUUGCCCGAAUCGAAGGUCUGUUGCAUUCCAGCUUGGUAAGCCAAGGAACUUCCCAGCUGGCCUUGUCAUCCACCUCUCCUGCUACUAGCAACGAUACGGGGAUAGGGAGUGAGGAUCCAGUUGGCAAGGUAAACGGUGUUACAGCAGCGGCCUCUGGGAAGAUGUCUGCAGUGGGACUUGGGUCAUGGGUCAAUCCGCCUCCAACUAUUAGCAUAUCAACCAUGCCGAAAGUACACACCACCCCGGCGUUGCACCUUUUACAGUGGCCACUUAUCCGAGAUUUGGUUUCAGAGCCUUAUGAUCCCCAGAAUUUGCUUCAGCUGGAGAUGGCUCGCGAACCCUUACGGCUGACCCCGAAUUCCGGAUUUGACUUGGCCAAUGUGCCUGCCUAUAUGCAGGCGUUCUUCCACAAUGCCAACGUAUGGUAUGCCUGCGUCAAUCCAUAUACCUGGAAUCGAUACUAUAGGGCUGCUCUUGCACAGGGGUUUCAAGAUGGGCCUGUUAGCUGUCUUGUCCUGUUGGUGCUGGCCCUGGGCAGCGCCAGUCGGAAUGGUAGCAUAGCAUUCCUGCCACCAGAUCAUGAACCACCAGGGCUACCAUUUUUUGCCGCAGCAUGGAGCCUUCUACCAUCCAUCAUGAUGCGCAACUCUGUUAUCGCAACCCAAUGCAUGAUUCUCGCAUCGGCCUACUUGUUCUACUUGGUGCGGCCCUUGGAGGCCUGGACCUUGCUCUCCAACGUAAGCAUGAAGUUACAGCUACUCUUCGGCAACCCGAGCCGGGUUCCCGCACAAUGGAAAGAACUAAGUGUUCGAGUGUAUUGGAACUCGCUGUUGUAUGAAAGCGAUCUUCUGGCCGAGUUGGAUCUUCCGCACUCUGGCAUCGUGAAUUUUGAGGAGAUUGUUGACCUGCCUGGAGGAUUUGAAGAAGAAGAUGACGACGACGAGGACGAAGGUUUGGACGAAGAUCGAAUUGCGGAUAAGACCCGCACCAGUGGAUUCACGGAAGACCUGGUGGGACGCGAUGAGCUCUGGUAUUUUCUAGCCGAGAUCGCUCUACGGAGACUCUUGAAUAGAGUCAGUCAUCUCAUUUACCAGAAAGACAGUUCGCAUACACUGUCAUCUCUCGGGCCGAUCGUUUCAGAGCUGGACUUCCAACUGUCGCAAUGGUAUGACAGUUUGCCCCAGCCAGUUCAAUUUCCCCUCGCACAGAGGCCGCUCUCCAACCCGGUACAGACAGUACUGAGACUCCGGUAUAACGCAUGUCGAACGAUCAUCUAUCGUCCGUAUAUCCUUGCCGUAUUUGAGAAUGAGCAGACCGGCGCCGAUCCAGGCGUGCGCGAAUGCUGCCGAAGAUGUCUUGAUGCGACAGUGCGACAGCUGGAGCACAUCGCUAGCCACCGGGAAGGUCACCUUCCGUAUCUCUGGCAGGGAGCAUUGUCGAUGGUCUCACAGGCCCUAUUGAUCAUGGGUGCAACCAUGUCGCCGACUCUUUCGACUCUACUUCCACCUCCUCUGAGGGUUGAUGCUAUCAUCUCCAGUGUAGUUGCUGAAGUUGAGAGUUACGCCCAUCUAGCGCCGAGUUUGAAGCUCUCUGCCGAGAUCAUCCGCGACGCCGAAAGACGACGGCAAAUAUGCCUGCGGUCCGCUGGUAUUACCAUUUAA